AUGCCGCUCCACACGGAUCGCAACAAGGGCAGAGAAGCAAAUGCUUACUUGACUUACAUUAUCGAAAACUACGGCUCGCUUCCCUCGACAGUCGCAUUCGUACACUCACAUGAGUUUGGCUGGUUGAAGGCGUGGCAUACAGACGCUAAGCGCCACUCCAACGUCGAGAGCCUAAACUCUUUGAAUACCAAAUUCGUUCAGAGGAAUGGUUAUGCAAAUCUGAGAUGCUUGCCCAAUCCUGGCUGUCCAGAUGAAGUACAACCAUUCCGAGAGCCUGUGGACGAGAGCAAGACAACCGAAGCAGUAUUCGCUUCUGCUUGGAGAGAUAUUUUCAACAAUGACGAUAUUCCAGAAGUCGUUGGUGUAGCUUGUUGUGCCCAGUUCGCCGUAUCAAGGCAACAAAUACUCAAAAGGACCAGAGAAGAAUAUCUUCGCAUGCACAACUGGCUGAUGGGAACCGAGUUGGACGACCAGACCUCAGGACGGAUAUUCGAGUAUCUAUGGCAUAUUAUGUUCGGCCAGGAGUCUGUCNUAGUAGGUGUUCCGAAGCUGCAAAUACGAUUCUCGAGCUGA